CCUUCCCCUUUCUCCGCUCUUCCCAAACUUCCAAUUCUUCAGGGUUUCAGAUACCACCAAAGCUCAUGGCGGAGACGUCCUCGUCCUCGUCCUCGGCGGCGGCUCCCGCCCCGGCCCCGUCCUCUGAUCCGGCGGUGGAUCCGACCGCGAUCGCCUCCAUGGCGGAGGAGGCGCCACCGGAGGAGAUGACGCUGGUCGUGAAGUGGAGCGGGAAGGAAUACACGGUGCGGGCGGCGGGGGACGACACGCUCGGGGAGCUGAAGAUGCGGAUCUGCGAGGUUACCGACGUCCUCCCCAAGCGGCAGAAGCUUCUCUACCCCAGGCUCAUGCUCAAGGACGACUCCGUCCUCCUCUCCUCCCUCCCCCUCAAGCCCAGCCUCAAGUUCAGUAUGAUUGGUACGGUUGAAGAGGAAAUAUUAGUGGAUCGACCAGAUGAUCCAGAGGUACUCGAUGAUCAUGAAUUAUUACAGGAUGAAGUUACAGCUAUCAAGGAUAAAGAUGUAUACCGGCAAAAAUUAAUACGACGUGCAAAACAGUAUAAGGUGAAGCUCUUGAAUCCGUGCCGCGAAGGAAAAAGAUUACUUGUCUUAGACAUUGACUAUACUUUGUUUGACCAUAAGUCUCCAGCUGAGAAUCCUUUGGAGCUCAUGCGUCCAUUUCUUCACGAAUUCCUCACUGCUGCAUAUGCAGAGUAUGAUAUCAUGAUCUGGUCAGCAACUAGUAUGAAGUGGGUGCAGUUGAAGAUGGAGCAACUUGGAGUUCUUAGCAACCCUGGCUACAAAAUCACUGCCCUUCUGGAUCACAUGGGGAUGAUAACUGUGCAAUCUGAAAAGCAUUCUGAAAAGAGAACUUUCGACUGCAAGCCUCUUGGUCUAAUUUGGACUAAGUUCCCUGAGUACUACAAUGAAAACAACACAAUCAUGUUUGAUGACCUCAGAAGGAAUUUUGUCAUGAAUCCACAGAAUGGUCUUGUGAUCAAACCAUUCAGGCAAGCCAGUAGGAACAGAGCCAGUGAUCGAGAGCUGAUAAAGCUUACACAGUACCUGCUUGCCAUUGCAGAGCUAGAAGAUUUUAGCAAGCUGGACCAUGACCGUUGGCAAUCCUUCAUAGAAGGAAAUGGCAAGAGACACAGACGCAGGUAGAGUUUUCUUUGGUGUAGUUAUCUAGGGGCAGAAACUUAUUGAUGACCUGCUUUUGUUAAGUGCUAAUAACUACACAUACUAUCGCACCGAAAUCACCAAGACAGCCCUAAUGUCUACCUAAAACACACUGCGGAAAUACCCAUGCUUGGUUUGCAGUUCACUUUUUGCCAAGAUGCACUUGUUUCUGAGCCUUUCAGCUGUGUGCGUUUUCAAUUUCAAUGUCAAAUAUAUUAGCUUC